AUGGCAGACCACGAAGCACCACUCCGGAUCCUUCCUGAGCCUGAAUCCAUCGGCCACAAAGUUGCCCUUCUCCCAGCGAAGAUGCUACUACUACUACCUAAUAGUCUGCAAGAAUUUGCCAAGCAAUUCCAUGGCACACAGGCGACGAAUCUGGCACCUCGGAAUACCCUCACGCUAUCUCUGGCAGCAUGGUGGGCAGUCCUGAUCAUAUUCUACUUCCCGUAUUCUAUCAAUGAAGCACCGCGUAUUCUGUCGGUUCAAGAUUCAGCAACUUGGGCCUCUCCCCUCUCAGAAUGGCCUGUGGAUGUCGUGGAGCGGGGAUUAAAUUUCUCUGCAGAUGUGGAGCGAAUCCUGAGAUCUUGGAAUGGCAAAAGCUCGUCUGAGGAUUGGAAGGGUGCGGAUGUGGCAGACGAUUUGUUUGUGAGAUUUACAAGGCUGUCAAAACAGCAGCCUAUCUCACAGAAUUUUGGAAAGAUCUCCAGGCAGCGCAGCAAGGUCUUGUCAACACUGGAUCACGGGAUCUCGAACUACACCUCGACUCUAGACAGCCUCGCUAUCAAGGCUAUCUCCGCUAGCACGGCGGCCGAGUCACAGUUUCGAGCUGCAAUCCAAAUGGCGGGCAGAAGCUUCAUCUAUCGACACAACCCUCUUACGAAAAAUAAGAACAAUCCGCUGAAAAGAAUACUCCAAAUUUUCUCAUCCGAGUUGUUCUUUCGCCUGUCAGAAGCCGCCCGCCAAGCUGGCAGUGUCCACCGCGAUCUCGUCGCCCUCGAACAGUCCCUCAAUGCUCUCGCGAAUCCCAGCGGCAAACUGCUCGGCGAAAGCGCAAAAUCAAAGUUGCGCUCAGCAAAGUACUGGGAAAAGCAGCUUGGUCCUUUCACGAGCCGACUGCACCUAGCCAACAGCGUUGAGCCCAGUGGUACAGCUCCCGCAAAAAUCCUUGCUGCUUAUGCUGCGGAUAUUGCGGCAUUGCGAGAUUCUGUUGCCGGGAGUAAGUAUAUGCUUGUGGAUUUGAGGCUCAAACAAUAUUUCUUCAGUCUUUGGCUAGCUAAGCACAAGCGGUUCGAUGAUGAGAAGGAUUUGAAGGGUGGUCUCAGUAGGUACCUGUCGAUUGUUGAGGGCGGGAGAAAAGGCUUGGAGAAUUUCCAGCUGGGGAUUGUUGAGAGAUAG